AUGACGGCGGCUCGACGGUGCACCGACCUCUCCUCGCUCUCCCCCCCGCCCGCCCUCCUCUCCCGCCUCAGCUCCGCGGCCUCCCGUCUUCUCCAGACGAGGCAGUACGGCUCGAGGAAGGAGGGAGAUGGCGGCGGUAUGCGGAACGCACGGUCAAGUUCCGGUUCAAGGCCAGGGUUCAUCGACCGUUCGUCGUGGAGGUGUUUCGACUCGAGAGCUGUAGGGAUUCACCCGGGCGCUAUACCUCUCAAUUGCUGGUCCGUUCUACAAAAGCUGAAACGGAAAGGGUUUGAAGCUUAUCUUGUCGGGGGAUGUGUGAGAGAUCUGCUACUGAACAGGCCACCAAAAGAUUUCGACGUGAUCACGACUGCAAGUCUCAAACAGAUAAAGAAACUCGUUUUCAAACGCUGUUUCAUCAUUGGCACACGCUUUCCAAUAUGCCAGGUUCAUAUGCGGGGCUCAACGUUCGAGGUUUCAAGCUUCAGCACAAACUGUUCAGAAGAGUCUGGUGGUGAUGAUCAAGGGGAUAUUCUUCGCUGGAAGAAUUCGUUGAAAAGAGAUUUUACAAUAAAUAGCCUAUUCUUUAACCCAUUCAAUAACAGAGUUUAUGAUUAUGUGAAUGGAGUAAUGGAUCUAAGAAAAAACAAGGUCUGUACAGUGAUUCCUGCCCACGUUUCUUUCAAGGAGGAUUCUGCCAGGAUUUUGCGUGGCUUGAGAGUUGCCGCUCGCCUUGGCUUUCAGUUCUCCAGCGAAACUUCUACUGCAAUACGAGAUCUUUCUCCUUCCAUCAUAAAUAUUGACAAGUCAAGGUUGAUGAUGGAAAUGAGAUAUAUGCUAUCUCAUGGGGCGGCAGAGUCUUCCAUUAGAUUGCUUAGCAACUAUGGACUUCUCGAUAUUUUGCUUCCUUUUCAAGCAGCAUAUUUAUCAGAUCAGAUGAAGGGUAGAUCAAGUGACAGAGAUCUGAUGCUUAUGAAACUAUUGGCUAAUCUUGAUAAGUUUUUUUCUGCUGACUGGCCAUGCCAUAGCUCUUUGUGGUUAGGGCUGUUGGCAUUUCACACUGCAUUGGUUAAUGCUCCACAAGGCGCCCAGGUAAUCAAGGCUUUUGCUGCACUGAUGCAUUUCGGAACAUGGGACAGCGCUGUAGAGUUCUUGAAACAAGAUGUUGGAGCACCAGCUAUAUUUGUUCCAGAAGCUCUGGGGCCUUCUCAGGCAAAACUGGAUGAUAAUCUUAUGAAACAAAUAUCACAGCUGGCAUCACUAGUCAAUUCUUCGGUUGAUACAUUUACAUGUUUAGAUAGUCUCAAGCAAUCAUUGGCCAGACAUCCGAAAGUUUCACAAUUUUCAGGAGUUGUUUUCGUAUCGGCCAGGGAGAGGAGCAGAGUGCUGGGGAUAUUUAAGGGCCUUGAUUCUGACUUAACUUCAUAUGUCGAGACCAGAGGUAUGCAUGGGAUUGACUACAGGUUGAUGGAAUAUGGGGAUGCUCGCGAGGUCCGGUUUGUUCUCGGGAAAGUGAUCUUGGACACUAUGCGUGAAGAAUCACCGCCUGCAUCCACCGAUGACGCUGCUGCUGCUUCUGCAAAGCCAGUGGCGGAUCAUACUGAUGGAGUUCAUCAUCCACUGUCCUCGUUAUUUUAGUGGAGAAUCAUAGUGAAGCAGCUACCAAGACUCAACAUCACAUCUGUUUUCCAUGAAUGCUGCUGAGCGCAUCGAAGUUCUCAGAUUUUGCUGGUGUGAAGGAUGGGCAAUACGAACUUGGUGCUGUAUUUUUUUUUUUUGUCGUAGCUGAGCUUGAUGCCCUCCUAGUUGUAGAAGAUUGAGCAUAGGCUGUAGAGAUGAAAGAUGUUAGGUUAUCUUGUGUACUUUUUGUCUGGUUUACUAGUAGGCAUGUAAGUGUGCAAGAGUUAGAGUGCACUGUGAGCAUGUGUGGCUGUGUUCUAAAAGAUUCAAUAAGAAAGUGAGUUCAGAUUAGGCAAAAUGGAAAUUCCGUUAUCAUUUGAUUC